AUGAAUUUAAAUAAUUCAGAUUUCAAAUCAAACGUAACAUUGGACCAAGUGAUGGAGUACUUUAAUUUGAGUAUAACAAAUAUAACGAAUAAGAGUGACGUGUCACAAAUUCACCUGUUCGAUUUAUAUGAGGCGUAUAGUACUAAAGAGAAGGAACAAUUACUGACUUACCAGAUCGUAGCGUACGUUCUGGGGACAUUAAUAAUUUUAAGUAAUUUGGUUGUAGUCGUAUCCAGUGGACUGAUAUUAAAGAAAGGUCAGCAACACAAGAGCACAUAUCUCUUGCUUGGUAACGUGUCACUUGCAGAUACUAUUAUUGGUAUCUCAAUCAUCUUUGGCGCCACAAUGGACAAUAAUAUAAACUCUGAUCCUCUGUGUAUAUUCCAACUAGGUUUGCUAGUGUGUCCUACGAUGGUAUCAAUUUUUAGCGUCGGUUUCAUAGCCGUGGAUCGAUACAUUUACAUACUACAUGGGUUAUAUUACCAGAGAUGGUUCAACACUACCAGAGUGAGAAUCGGCAUUCUGUGCAUAUGGAUCAUAGGUAUCACCCUCGGUUUCAUGCCACUUACCGGAUGGGUAACCAGAGAACUAAACAAUGCUCCGUGUGUCUACAUCGCUGUGUACCCUAGCACAUUAAUACUAUUUAAUUCUUUCAUUAGCGUCAUCCCUAUAAUACUUGUCGCGAUCUUGUACACAAUCAUUUUAAUUAAAGCUUUAAAGAAUUUAACAAAUUUAAAGACCGCGGAGAAAAAUGUAAAGACAAUAACAAAAACAAAAGAAAAACCUAAAUUAAGAAUUUAUCGCGGCAAAAACAAAUUAACUAAUACUGUUUCAGUUAACUAUCCACUUAGGAGUAACAUGAACAAGUUGGAAAGAAGUGUUUCAUUUAAUACAAACUAUGUCAAUGAAAAUUUACACAAUGUACAAAAGAGUGAAUGUUCAAAAGCCAAAAGCAUCGAUGAUCUCACUGUUUCUAAUGGAAAUAUUUCUGAAACUCUCAAAUGCGAUAAGACAAAGCAAAUUGAGAGUGAUCUAAACCAAUCAGAAUUUAGUAUACACACGGUCGUAUCAACUUCUUCGGACCGCAAUUUGUCUUUAAGUAGUCUUACAUUGAAACAAAAGAAUGGAUUUAAAAUUACAAACCCUAAAGCUAAGGAGCCAAAUAAAUGCAGAGCAGUGACUGUAGUGAUGUUAACUUCAUGUAGUUUCAUAGCAACGUGGAUGCCGUUUUUUAUAAUUAUGAUAUUUUGUAUAUGCCAUUCAUUAGUGAAAAUGGGUCGACUACUGGGGUCUCUCCUAUUUCUAAUAGCGGCAGUUUAUGCUCGCCAUGAGCAAUAUGAAGGCCACCAAUUGUAUAGAGUGGGUGGCCCGGCUGACGAAAUAGCAUAUUUGGAAGCAAGUUUAGAUCUAAUAUCAAUUACCCCAGCAGAACGUUCUAUUUCUGGUAAACUUGAAGUUCUGGUAAGACUUUCUCCUGAAGUAAAGGAACAAUGGCUACAAUAUUUUGAUGAAAGGAGUAUGCCGUAUACGAAAAUAGCUGACAAUCUUGCAGAUAUUCUUCGGGACGAAGAAACCAAGAUUCAAAGUGCAAAGGCAGCUGCAAAACAAAAAGGACGUUCGAUCAGUUGGGACACCUACUAUAACUACGAAGAAAUCAAUGCGUAUAUAGAUGAAUUGGGCGCUGAAUAUCCUGAGUUAGUGACCGUCAUCAACGCUGGUUUGAGUUACGAAGGCCGCCAAAUCAAAUAUGUCAGAAUUUCCAGUACAGGUUUCGAAAAUCUUCAAAAACCCGUAAUCAUCAUCGAUGCAGCCGUUCACGCCAGGGAAUGGGUCACAACACCUGUAGCUUUAUACAUCAUUAACCAGCUGGUAGUUGAUAUCGUUGACAGACAACUCACGAAUGAGAUCGACUGGAUUAUCAUUCCUUUGGCCAACCCUGAUGGCUACGAGUUCUCUAUAGAAGUAGAUCGUAUGUGGCGUAAGACUAGGUCAUUGGUCCCCCCGAACACUGAAGCCUGUCCUGGCGUUGACGGCAACCGCAACUUCGACCACCACUGGGGGACGAACAGCGCGGCAGCAAACCCUUGCGCCAUUACAUUCGAAGGACCAAGCGUAUUUUCCGAACCAGAAAUCCGCAUCAUCAGAGACGUAGUUUAUCAACAGCUCUCUCGGGCCUCACUGUAUAUUUCACUGCACAGUUUUGGCAACAUGUUCCUAUAUGCUUGGGGCAAUAAUGGUACUCUGCCGUCGAAUGGUUUAAACCUUCAUCUCGCCGGCGUUACCAUGGCUACGGCCAUUGAUGAACUAGCCCUGAAUGAAGCCCCAAGAUACAUCGUGGGUAAUGCUGCCAACGUGUUGUAUUUCACCACCGGCACAUCCCGCGACUGGACUCGCUCUGUUGGAAUACCGCUCACAUACACUUUAGAGUUGCCCGGCUACAGUUACGGUUUCCUCGUUCCACCGGAGUACGUUGAACAAAUCGUGACAGAAACCUGGGAAGGAAUAGCUGCCGGUGGUCAUUUUAUUCUCUCUGAUUUAUAA